GCUUCACUCGCGGAUCGUACGCUCUCCAAGAAGUUGAAUCUGCACAGGAUGGAGGCGUUUUCUGGUGAUGACGCCGCCGCCGCUACUGUCUCAGGAACCAAGGGGACGUGGCUGUACGCGACGGUGUCGGAGGCGCCACCGAAGCGGCCGGCGGGGCGGACCAAGUUCCGGGAGACGCGGCAUCCGGUGUACAAGGGCGUGCGCCAGCGGGGGGCCGCCGGGCGGUGGGUGUGCGAGGUGCGGGAGCCGAACAAGAAGUCCAGGAUCUGGCUAGGCACGUUCCCCACGGCGGAGAUGGCGGCGCGGGCGCACGACGUCGCGGCGAUGAUGCUACGAGGCCGAUCCGCUUGCCUCAACUUCGCGGACUCGGCAUGGCGGCUCCGCGUGCCGGCCUCGUUCUCCUGCUCCCAGGACAUCGCACGGGCCGCCGCCGAGGCUGCCGAGGCGUUCCGGCCUCCGUCGGACUCCAACGCUACCUUUGAAUCCUCCUUAACGAUGGAGAGCUCAGCGAGUACAUUCCCGUCUUUGUCGCCUUUAGCGACGGCGGCCACGCCUUCAUCAGUGUUACUGGAAGAUGGGAUCGGCAGCCAAGAAGGAGUCACAUUUGAUAUGGUGAGUUACGACGGCAUGGAUUUGGGCUACUGCGACUACUCCGGUAUGGCGGAGGGCGCGCUGGUAGAUUCCAUUUGGGACGACGUGGCCGCUGACGCUGACGUGUCGCUCUGGAGCUACUCCAUCUGACGCAGAGAAGGCGGCGGCUGCGGAGGACGACGACGAGGAGGUGGCAAGGCAUCUGACGUCCAUUAACUCGGUUACGUGCGGCGGCUGAGUGCUCGAAGCUGUUCCCAUGCAUCAACGCUUCUCUGGAUCUUCACCAGCUUCGACCACAACAUCUGUAGAACGAGUAAACUCGGUGAAUGAUUCAGAAGACGAGCUUUAUGUUUAUAUUUGCUCUGCUUUGAUCUCAGCUCUUGUAAUCUCUGCAAAAUAAGCAAACAGAUCCAAAGAAAAAAAGCACACAGGCAAACUAUUCUAAUACGUGAAGAUCAACCUCCUUCUUACACCUCUCUUAUCCUUUUAUCGGGUUUAGGAGACAACCCUUA